AUGUCAGUCAGCGUGAAAGGCAGGAGCAAGGACAUCGCCUACCUCAGGACGGCAGACCUGACCGUCCAGCCCUUCAGUAUCCGUCGCCUUGUCAAGGACUAUAUUGAGCUCGAGAAGGAGCGCAUCCCCACUGUGGGGGUGGCCGCCAAGCCCCUGGACGACAACAUCUUCAAGUGGCACGCCAACAUCAAAGGCCCUGAAGGCACCCCCUAUGAGGGCGGGAUCUUCCACCUCGAGAUUGAGUUCCCACAGUCGUACCCCCACGCCCCUCCCAAGAUCACCCUGUUCACCACCCUGCCCCACCCGAACGGCUGGUCCUCGGCCUACUCGGUGCAGUCCGUGCUGAUCCAGCUGCAGUCCUUCCUGUUCGAGGAGAGCCUCGAGAAGGACACCUCUGAGUACCAGAAGCAGGUCAAGCUGGCGAUCAAGAACGCCAACGAGUACAAGUGCGGCAACCGCCACUGCCGGCACGGGGGGAGACUGGCCGCCUGGCCCACCUUCAACCCCAAGGAGGCCGACCUGCAGGAGUUCAUUGAAAUGGAGUCGCCUGAGGAGAUCUUCCGCCGGGAGAUGAUCUGUUACCACAGCAAGAACCCCCACACGGUCAACCCGGUGGGCGUGGGCAUCCGGGUGUCGAAGGUGCCUCGCACCGGGCUCAUCAAAGAGGCGGAGCUGUUCCCCUAUUUUAUUAGUGCGAAGAGCUUCAUCAAGGACUUCGUGCGGUGGUCACCGAACAACUAG